AUUAAAGGGUUAAGAACAGAAACUUGAUUUUAAUCUUUUGAGGCGGCACGAGCUUCAUUCCACCACUGGGGGGCGAUAAAGAGAGAAAGUUGAUGGCCACCGGCCGGGUAUUGAAGAAAAUAAGAAAAGUGUAAAAGCAACAUGGCGGAGGAAGGGAAGGUGGGCGAGAGCGAUGCUGAUAGUCGGUUAAAGGAUGCCACAGAGUCAGAGGAUUCCGCUGAGGAUGACAGCUCCGAGGGUUCUGCAGCUCAGCGUCCGCAGGACCUCAGGAGCGUCCUGGUGACCAGCGUCUUAAACCUGGAGCAGCUGGACAUUGACCUCUACAGGGGAACGCACCACUGGGUGCCCCGCACUCAGCGCUUAUUUGGGGGUCAGAUCAUCGGUCAGGCUCUAGUGGCAGCAGCCAAGUCUGUGGGUGACAGCCUCUAUGCCCACUCCAUCCACUGCUACUUUGUACGAGCAGGGGACCCUAAGGUGCCGGUGCUAUACCAGGUGGACCGCACCAGAGACGGCCGCAGUUUCACAGUCCGCUCCGUCAAAGCCAUCCAGCACGGUCAGGCGAUUCUCAUCUGCCAGGCUUCCUUCCAGGUCCUGCAGCCGAGCCCCCUGCAGCACCAGCUCCCCAUGCCGGUGGUCCCGCCGCCCGAAGACCUGCUCACUGUGGAGGAGCUGAUCCACCGUUACCUCAGUAAACCGGACCUGACGGAAAGCGCCAAACAAGGCCUCAACAAACUUCUGGCGACCGAGGUGCCCGUUGAGAUGAAGCCCAUCAGCCCGGCACACUUCCACAGACACGCUCCAGGAGAAGCGAGGAGGCUGUUCUGGGCCAGAGCACGGGGACACAUCGGUGAAGGGGACAUGAAGCUGCACUGCUGCGUCGCCGCCUACGUGUCGGACUUCGCCCUCCUGGGCACGGUGCUGCUGCCGUACUCCAAAUACAAGGCCCGCUUCACCGCCUCCCUGGACCACGCCAUGUGGUUCCACAGCACCUUCCGCAGCGACGAGUGGAUGCUGUACGAGUGCGACAGCCCGUGGGCAGGUAGCAGCAGGGGCCUGGCUCAGGGCCGACUGUGGAGAAGAGACGGGGUUCUGGCUGCCUCCUGCUCUCAGGAAGGCGUCCUGAGAGUCAAAGCAGUCUCAGAGAACAGCAAACUGUAGCGUCGUUGCUGAUCAGCUGCAACGUUCCUGACCUCUGCUGUCUUGAUAACAUUGCACACAAAGCUUGUUGUGGUGAACCCUUUUUUUUCCGAUGACUACUGAAGAAACCAAUGCUGUCUUAAUUAUUGCACUAAUGUCAACAUUUGUUGCCUUUUAACUUGAAUAUGAAACGGAAAAAUGUGCUCUGUUUUAACUGAAAUAAAUGGGUUUAUGUUGAAAA